AUGGAUAAAUAUAUUAAAGUGCGAAAGAUUGGAGAAGGAUCCUUUGGGAAAGCAAUUCUUGUCAAAGCUAAAGAAAAUGGCCAACAGUAUGUUAUUAAAGAAAUAAACAUCUCUAAGAUGUCAAAUAAGGAGAGAGAAGAAUCAAGGAGAGAAGUUGCUGUAUUGGCUAACAUGAAACAUCCGAACAUUGUCCUGUAUAGGGAGUCAUUUGAAGAAAAUGGCUGUCUCUACAUAGUGAUGGAUUACUGUGAAGGAGGAGACCUUUUUAAAAAAAUAAAUGCCCAGAAGGGAAUCUUAUUCUCUGAAGAUCAGAUUCUGGAUUGGUUUGUACAAAUCUGCUUAGCACUAAAACAUAUACACGAUAGAAAAAUCUUGCAUCGGGACAUAAAGUCACAGAAUAUAUUUUUAACCAAAGAUGGAACAAUACAGCUGGGAGAUUUUGGGAUCGCCAGAGUUCUUAACAGUACUGCGGAGUUGGCUCGCACUUGCAUAGGAACGCCAUACUAUUUGUCACCUGAAAUAUGCCAGAACAAACCUUACAACAAUAAAAGUGAUAUCUGGGCCCUUGGUUGUGUUCUCUAUGAAAUGUGCACACUUAAACAUGCGUUUGAAGCUGGUAAUAUGAAGAACUUGGUACUGAAGAUAAUCUCUGGACCUUUUCCUCCUGUUUCUAUGCACUACUCCUAUGACCUACGUAAUCUGCUCUCACAGUUAUUUAAAAGGAAUCCUAGGAAUAGACCCUCAGUAAACUCCAUAUUGGAGAAAAACUUUAUAGCCAAACGGGUUGAAAAAUUUCUCACGCCACAGCUUAUUGCAGAAGAAUUCAAUCACAAAAUCUUCCAGAAGUUUGUACCACAUGCUGCACCAGCUAAAAGACCAGCUCAAGAGCAAAUACUGACUUCAGUUGCACCAGCUCAGAAAAUUACCAAGCCUGCUGCAAAAUACGGAGUGCCUUUAGCCAUCAGGAAGUCUUGUGAUGCACCUAAAAAGCCUAAUGAGAAGAAGCCAUUGGCUAAAUCUAGACAGGCCUUUCCAGCUCCAGUGAAGAAAAUGAAUCCAGGAGAAGAAAGGAGGAAAAUGUUUGAGGAACCUUCAAAAAAGAAAAGGUUAGAAUUGCCUGAAAAAGAAAAACGCCAGAGAGAUCAGAUCAGUUUACUGAAGGCAGAUGAAAUGAGAAGACUGGAAAAAGAAAGGAUGGAACGAAUAAACAGAGCCAGGGAACAAGGAUGGAGGAAUGUGCUUGGUUCAGGUGGAAGUGGUGAUGUUAAGGCACCAUAUUAUGGCGGUGGAGGUGGUAUUGGUCCUUUUCCCGUGUCUUCCAGAGGACAAUAUGAACACUAUCAUGCUAUUUUUGACCAGAUGCAACAGCAAAAGGAAAACAUUAGAGUAGCUGAAGAGAGGGAAUCCAAAUUGAGGGCGAAACUGCAAGGUCAAGAAGUUGUUGAAAGAGGAAUUCCACCUGGAAUACGUCCAGGAGUUCCUAAGGGGCCUGCAGGUCAUCACCAUUUACCUGAUGCUGGUGCAGUUAGGAAAAAAAUGAAAAGAUCGAAGGAGGUGUCUAAACAAGCCAAUGUAAACAG